AUGUAAAAUAAAUACAAAAAAGUAUAGGACAUUUAUAUUGAAAUGGAUAAAAAAUGUCUUUUAGAAUAAAAUAAAUAUGAAACAAGAUUAGGUUUAUGUGAGAUUGAUGGACAUAAGAAACAUGCUGUGAUUAAAAUAAUAGGAAAUGAUAAUUAACCUGAAAGUUUAAGAUAAAUAGAGGCCAUUAGAAAUAUGGCUGCUAAAACAUAAAUGUUUAAAGGUAAUCCAUAUAUAAUUGAAUGUUAUUCUCGUUAAAGAACUUAAAAUACUUUUUAUUUUGCUUUCAAAAAAUGUAAAUAAAACAUAAUGUAAGUAACUUUGGAUUUUUAUGAGAUUUUACAUAUGUUAGCAUCUAUGAUAUAAUUAUUAAAAUUAUUCUAAUAGAAAGGUGAAUUUCAUGGAAAUUUGAAACCUACUAAUAUUUUUUAAUAAAAGAAAUUAAAUUCAACAAUUUGUUUCUCUACUACAGAUUUUUUUCCUUAUUAAUAUUCUAAUAGGAUAUUGGAUGAAUAUAUAGAUCCAGAAUUUGAUAAAGAUAGACCUUCAAUUGCACAUGAUAUAUAUUCUUUAGGAAAGGUUUGUAAUUUUGUAAUAAAGAAUAGAAAAUGUCCUUAUUAAAAUCUAAUAAAUCAAAUGAAUUGUAGUAAAUAGGAUAGAAUAAAAUUAGAUUAAUUAGAAUUAUAAGUUGAAUAAAUGAUAGAAAAAUAUGAAUAAAAAAGUUUAAGAAUGGAAUUAAAUUAAAAAGGUAUAACAGAGGAAGUCAUUUAAAAAAUAAUAAUGUAAUAAGUUGAGAAUUAAAAAAAGAAAUAAUUGGAAUAAACUAAAUGGUCAGAUUUUGAAUUAAAUUAAAAUGUAGAUAGAGAUUUUAAUAUAAGAGAUAGAGCAUAAUUUUUAUAUUUAAUGUCAUAAGAAAUUCGUAAUUUAUAAUCAAUAGAUUAAUUCUUAUUGGAUUGUUUAAUUUUAUCUUGUCUUUCAGAAUCAUUCAAUACAUUUUAAGAAUGUUAAAAAAUAACUUAAAAUAAAAAAUUGAAAUAAUUAGUAGAAUCAGAUUUAAUAUAGAUGAACAAAUAUUUAAAUAUCAUUAAUUUGCAAUGUGAAAUAUAUAUUUAAGAUUUAAUUCUAAAAGAAUAUGAUGUUGGAUUUUUUAAAUAAUAUAUCUCUAUUUAUUCAUAACCUAAUCAUUUAUUCAAAAAAGCUCUUAGUUUAGUGAUGGAAGACAUAAUAAAUAAAAAUCUAACAAAAGAAUUGUUAUUAAAUGAUGAAUUAGAUAAAUCAGAUAUAAAGGCAUUAAAUUACAUUUUAGUAUCAAAUUAAAUGAAAUAAGACGUAUGCUAUGAUUAUAAAGGAUUGCAAUAAUAUAUUCAAUCUUAAUUACAAGUAAUAUAAUUAUGA